AUGAUUAUCGCCGCGCUGGUGGGAUGGAGUGUGUACUGGUUCACACACAAGCAGUUCACGUUCAACGGGUUCAGCUUGGUCCGCCGAGAGCAGAGUGUGGCGGUUCAGGGGAUGUUCUGGUGUGAUGAGAAACAGGCCAGUGGAGUGGUGAGUUGCAUUAAUUUUUUUUUUGAUGAUUCUGUGAGGAAAGUGGCCUGAAACCAGGCGUCUUGACCGCGAUAAAUUCUCAGGACUUUUUCCUCCAUAAUAACGAAGGAAAUAUUGGGCUCUCCCACAAGCUAUAUAUCUUAAAACUUUUCAUGCCAAAAUUCACAUAAGACGUUGUACUUUUGUCGACUUUCAACCAAAAAAUCUCGGUUCUUUCUGCAAAGCGCGAGCUAGGAGUUUUGCAAAUGCCUUAAAACAGAGUGUUUUAUAAACAACCAUGACUUUUCAGAAAGUAAAACUCUACGACAGCGAUCGUCUUGGAGUGGACGACCUUCUCGACGAAGGCUUCACAAAUCUAACGGGUCAAUUCUUUCUCUCUGGUCAUACCAAGGAAUUCAGCGCCAUCGAGCCCAAGUUGAACAUGUAAGUCGUUUGCUUCCACAAAAAGCCGUCAAUCGACGUUGACCAGAAAGGUCUGCAUUAACUUUUUGAAGGUAUUGAGGCUGCUCGAAUCAAUGUUCAUGGAGUUGUUCCAAAGAGGGGGCCUUUGAAAAAACUUUAUUUAAUACUUCGGCAAUAAUACGUCCCUGGUUCCGAAGAUAGUUAGUUCGAAUCCAAUCCUCCCGUGGUCGCCUUCGUUUAUCCGCCCGAAUAUCACAACACAAAAUUGCCAAAAUACAGGCAGUGGAUUUCAAUGUCUUCUAGUGCGUGUAGCCGACCGCUCAUUCCGCUGCUUAUUUACCAAUUGUCCAUACGCUCUGACGGCCAACCGCUCGCUCAGGCUGCAACUUCCAAACUGAUCCUCUUUCCUUUCCAAAUUCACGUCUCGGUUGAUUGCGACGGAAUGCGAAUAUCCUUUGGGAUUUCGUGGCGGGACGUAGCUGCGGGUCGAGUGCUGUUGCGGCGGCCGUUGCUGCACUGUCUCGUUUACUAGGCAAUGCUCAAACACAAACAUCAAUUACCUUUAUUACUAGCAACCGGCCGUCUUCAGACAUUUGGACGUCGACCCAUUAAAAUCUAUGGAUAACAUUUGGAGACCAAAGGGACCGACAAAAGAUUAACAAGCAAAUUGGUUAGUACAGUUAUAGUUAACCAUAUUUUCGGAAAUUUUGUGAGUCGCUCGGUGAAUUAGCGAUUUUGAAAGUGCGUCAAAUGUGCAAAUUUUACAUGACAAAACUAGAGAAAGUGCGUAGACAUGAGAUUUUACGUUCAUUCUUAAUAGUCGUCUUUUUUUUCAUCGUCAUGCUCCUCAUAUCCAUUGUUAUCUUUGUGAAAUUGGUUGUCUAGAUCGAGUCUUCUGUGUUCGUGCGAAUCACGUGGCUUGUUGCAUCCAAGAUUUCUUCGGCCCCUGAUCAAGUCCCUAUCAAAACGGUAGUGUGGAUCUUAUUAGUUAUAUGUUUGUUAUUUUACGUGGACUUGUGCAUUCGCCACCCGCACCACAAGAUGGCCUUUUAGCCUGACAUCGAUUUACUAUAGGGUUACGUAUGUUACUGUUCCGCACACCACCUUUCAACGGGCGGAAUACGUCACGCUGUGAAUUGAAUUGAUCUCUAGAGUAACGUCGAUGUUCUGUUCUCUCUUCCAUGGAGUGGUCGCGGCGACCUCGUCCCCAAUGGCAAGUGUGCCCACUCGCUCAGGAUUCAAAUCUUUAAACAAUUGGACCUGGAGAUCCGAGGACUUGAUCAUAGCUAACUUACGAGAUAAAAUAAAUAUGACUAUUACUUCGACCUCCAACCUGCUGGCUCCUUGCUUGCUGGCUCGGCUCUUCUUUUGGCUGCCUUGGACUUGGAUUCUCUUCAUGGUUCUUACGCUUCCGCUAGAAUUCUUGGCUGGCUCGGCUCCUCGGGCUGUUCGUUGACGAUUUCAUUUACGUUGGCGUGUACGAUCAUCAUGACUUGAUCGGCUUCGGGGUUUACGUGUAGUUCCUCUAGUUGCUUUUCAUUACACGGUCCACGAGGUGAAUGAUGAGUGUGUGUUUCAUUCGGCCGCCUUUCCGCCUUUUUACGGCCCAGUUUACACACGUCUUUCAUACGCGCAUAUUGGCGUAACAAAUGUCCCGUAGGGAGGGGGAUCAUUACGAUGUAUGGAGCCAACGGGUACGCCGGCGUUCUGGGUUCUUACGCUGGGGCCAUUGACUUACGUUAAUUGACGAGUCCGAUCCAAUUCUCAGUGUUCAGAUGACAACACACUUGUCGAAACGGAGCUGUUGUAGAAAUGAGCAUAAAUAAAUGAUCUCCAGGGUUUUCAUUUGGCAGAAAAAAGGGGCGUGGCUUAGACGGGUUGGCAUUUUUUUUGAUUUGGUUUUUAUGUUGCGUAAACCUGACGCGCUGACAAUGAGUUUCAUCUCUUGACCUGCAGCUGCAGCUUGAUGGCCCUAUUGCGUAUUUUCCUCCGGGGCAAAUCUUGGCGGUAAAAUGACUCAGGUUGUAUCGAGGUCAGAAAUUUUGGUCAUGACCAUGGCUUUUUGCGCUUUGGUUACAAGAAUAUCGCAAGACUGUCGAAAAAAGGCUUGGGCGGCUUGUAUGGGGCCGGGCUUGAAAUUUUCGACCCGGUCCCCUUCAGAAAUUUCAAAACUACAUACUUUUUAAAGAAUGUAUGGGCCGGUCCUGAAGAUUCUCAGGGUUCUAGGUCCUCAGGCCCGGAAGUGCCAAAAGACCGGCCCCCUAGCCAUGUCUGUACUUAUUUAAUUUAACAAUUACCUUUAUUAUUAUCCUAAGACUUCCCCUUAGGAUCCCUUUCAAGCUAGGUGCCCUCUUCGCCAAGUUGCCCAAUUGGUACCCUCUCUGGAUCCAACCAAAUCAUAUCUAUAACAUUUACAAUUUCAGAUACCACCGUUGUGGCCGACGAUUCGGGGUAUGCAAGCAGAAAAUCACAAUCCAUAUCCCAGACGAGUUCAUUUGCAAUGGAGAGACUUGUGCGAAGGUCUUUGACAUUGGCACCCUAAACCUCAACGCCAAAUACAGCGGGCAAAGGAGGGAUUGUCUCAAUUGA